GCUUAGUUUAGUCACAACAAAAUCUAAACUUCCAAGUGCAUCUAGUUUUCUACUAAAUCUAGGUUGGUUUUCAUUAACUAUUUGUAUAACUUCAAGAGAUGGCAAUGGUCAGAGCGUUGGUGAAUGAUAGAUCGGUGGUUAUAUUCAGCAAAAACUCUUGCUGCAUGUGCCACACCAUUAAGACAUUAAUAAGCAGUUUUGGAGCAAAUCCCACUGUUUAUGAGCUCGAUGAGCUUCCAAAGGGACAGCAAAUAGAGAAAGAACUCAAAGCAUUAGGGUGUAAGCCAAGUGUGCCGGCUGUGUUCAUAGGGCAGGAGCUGAUUGGGGGUGCUAACGAGAUAAUGACCCUUCAUUUGCAGGGCCAAUUGGUGCCAUUGCUCCUCAGGGCCAAUGCUAUUUGGGUAUAGGGAAAUGAGUUCAAGAAUAUUAAAGUUCUUAUAGUAGAGUUAUAUAGUGAUGGUAAUACAGCUAUCAAAGAAGUUUGAUGCUUUUGUAGUUGUUAGAGCAGGAAAGAAGAGAGUUGUCUUUUCUGCGGUUUUUUUUUUCUCUCUUUUUUCUUUACAAGCCCCUGACAAUGUAUGCAUGCAUGUGCAACUUCUAUAUGUAAUUUUCUAAUUUUGAGAAGCAACAAGAAAUAACAUGUUCUACAAAAUUAAAAUGGUGUUUAAAGUGUUAA